AUGGAUCCUGUUCGUAGACAAGAACUAAGGAAUGCACGCCGUCAAAGACGUGCCCAAACAAUUGUAGGGGCCGGUGCCGAUGAGAACCCCACGCAUAACGAAAACGGCAUGAUAAAUGAGAACACACAAAGUCUUAAUAAUGAUGAGGUUGCAGGCACUGCGACAGCAGAAAAGGGGUCUGAUGCAAGCCGCAACGCGCGUACGCGAUCUUCUUUAUCCGAUAUUACUCGUCUUUUGGAAAAGUUUCAACGGCAAAAAAAGGAUGGCAACAACACAACGGUGGUACUUUCGGAGCGUGAGGCGCUUGUCCAGCGGCGAUACGCACCUAAUGUCCAGGAGUUUUUGCGACAGUCGCUCCCACAGUCACCUGAAGAACAAUCAACGAUGCGAAACGGAGCGUUCGUCCAGACGGUCUAUAACUUUAAGAAAGACGAUCUUCUGGCAGCACUUAUAGCUGACACGCAGGCAAACUUCCUAAAGCUAGACCACGAACUCUCCGAGGAUUACUCGCUUGCGGCACAGCGCCUGCACGCCUCAGUAUUUUCACACGCUAAUGAUUUUUUGGCCCUCUUUCGAGACGUGGAGAAGACAAGCGGUCUUGUGGAAGUGCUCAAAGCGAACGUUCAGGGAACCAAAGCUGCCAUAUCGGCUAUUAGUAAAUUUAGCUACUUCAAUGUUGGCGACAACAAUUUAUCAGUCGGUAGACCACUCCCAUCCUCUUCAGGGACGCUAGCUAAGGUGGACAACACGAGCGCCCGUUUCGUCGAUACUGGGGAAAAUGGCCUGUUAUCGCGUCAGCGGCCAAGCCUUGUGUCCCGUUGCUCCUAUGCUUAUGAUGAGCGUGGUGGAAGCAUUUGUGGGAAUGGCUCUAUGAUUCCAGAUGGAGUAAAUAUUGGGGGUGUUGCGACAAAUUUGUACAAGCGAGCACGGCUAAGCACUAGCAAAAAUAUGGAACCAAAUGCUACAUCUGAGAGAGCUAAAACUCAUCUUACGUGUAGGUUCUCUGAUGCGAUGAGAACACCCGGCGACCGCUCCUUCUUUGCCGUACCGCCUUCAACUGUCACAUCGUCUUGGCCCACAACCCGCUCCUUGAACAUUCGAUCAUUUGCACAGUGGCAGCACACCAUUGGCAAUGGGGAAGGUUAUAUUAGUAAGAGAACUGAUACCACCAACUUUCCAGGUGAAGAAGGAAGCAGUAAGGGCCUCGGCAUUUCUGCUUCUCGCGAUGAUGAUGGGAAAUCAAUUUCCAAACACAAACCUUCAGAGUCACAGCUCACGGAGGUACAAAUGUAUGGCGACAUUCUGAAGGAAGAGGUGGCUCAAUUGUUGUCAGAGCGGCGUCACUCCGAAGCUGCGGAGCUGCUUCGCAGCUUGGGUGGCGAGGCGGAGCGCAAAGGUUGCCUACCGCUUUUACUCGAGUUAGAAUCGGCGCUUGUUCGCUCUAUCCUCGACAGCCUUAACCACGUACCCAUGACGAUGUUGUACGCUGAGAGCGUACACAUACCUUCCCUUCAGCUUUUAUUAAGGUUUGGGCGACACAAAAGCGCGUCCUCAGCAUAUUUGGCACUUCAAUCAACGUGGUUACGGUAUGAAUUGCGUAAGCUGCAUGACAAUGCUGAUCCGAAGCAUGCGAGCAUAGUGACAGUGGAAUUCUUAGUCGUCGCCAUUCGAUCGAUUCUCCAGCGACAGCAUACUUUGGGCAUAUCCUUGGACGAAACGCGCAAGACAGCAACGAAAGCGCCCUUGUUGCUUAAAGGCGGCAGUACCAACAAAGGGGUGAAUCAUCAAGUGCCUCCGAACUCGGCGGCUGUUCUCUGGGUGCGUGAAAAUGUCGUGUACUUCGCCCGAGAGCUUCUCACACCGCAUGUGCUUAGCUACGGCACAGAAACUGUCGGCGGUGACCCCUCACAAAUUCACCACGCGGUGGCAGUGCUAACCAAGGUUGUGGACGUGCUGUACGGACUCACAUUAGACGGCUUUGCGGGGUAUAACACACUCACACUUCAAUACCUGACACCAGGUCUGAUGGUGCUGGAGGCUGAGUUUACGCGAUUAACCGAGGCACGCUUUGAGAGUACCGGUCGUGCCAUGCUAGAAUACCUUGUCACAAGUGCACUGCACAUGUACAAGACAAAUGCAGCUGAGUACGCGCCAUCUAUAUGCGCAGACGCUGCCCGAAAAAGUAACGCGCGGUCCCACGAAUUACUUCAAAUCGUUAAAGGCAUGCCCAGAGGCCCACACAUGCGAGCCAUCCAGCUGCUCUUGUGCCCAGCUGCUUCUGAUUUAUUUGAUCGCCACCACUCUGCGGCAUCACCCGGUGCAUCAGUUCAGAGUCCCAAAACAAGGGCAAUGAAAAGAAAUGAACCAUUCUUUGAGAACAAACAAAACGCUACUACUAAAGAUGGUGACAGUAGCAAUAUGGCCUCCUCCUCACUUCUGCUCCCGGAGCGAUUUAGAUUCAUGCGCUACGCCAAUGGCUGCACUAGCGUACAUGAUCUGUUCGUGCACUCUGUGGUGCACUUUGCUGCUGCAAUGGGGGGUCAGAAGUGGAAAUCGACCGGCAGCACCGACAAUAACUCAAGCACACGAACCAAGGUGCCAAACUCUAGGGAAUUUGGAAAGGCUGCUAAAGAUGACUCUAUGGCUGCUCGUGUAUCUAAUGAAGGGGAAUACGAGAAAAAUAGGGGAGUUGGACGCAAUACAGACGAAAAAACGCCGCAGACUAGAACUAGCUUGAUUUUUUGCGAUGCCCUCAUCGCUGAGACGUUUGACCUCACUUUGCACGACUUGUGUGCCGCUUUCUUGUGUACCUCAUUACGACAGCGGUACGCUCUGAUAGAAUUCUUGUCCUCAGAAACUUUCAGCUCCUGUCAGAGGGUUUUAUUCCCGCCAUCGACACAGACACAUUCUGAUAUGAAGUCACCGUUCUUCAGCGACCCGGUCAAAUCUCCCGGGUGGGUGUUCGAUGGAUGUAGCGCCUUGCUCUCGGAUGUCAUAAGCGUCAGCGUGUGGGUAUCGUACCUGGUCCUGGGUGGUGCUGUAGGGCAUCUCUUGGGCGACCCAGCCGUCUCAUUCCGCUCACGACAUCUUGAGAGUCUGCAGCGUGUGCUUCCGGAGGUUGUGCAAACUUGGCUGGCAACCACCUUAUCACUGGGCUACAGAAUCGACAACGCCAAGGGGUUAUUGCCUGCCUCUGCUGCCACAGUGAUCUUGCGUCUACCCCAGCCGAAGUCCCCGAUAUUCACCGCUGGCCACGAGGGUAAUACUAUGGUAGAUACGAAAGCUGUCGGCAGAGGCCCCGCAAAACAUGCUUCUUUGGGCAAACCUAGUUCGCCCCAAUCAUCACGGUUUGGUAUCGCAAGCGGCUUUAAUAUUCUGCACUCACGCUCUGAGUCGUUAGGUGUUGUAAGUAACGCAAGUGGAAGGCAUCUAUCCGGACAACUGAAAAGCGCGGUCUCCGCCGCUGGUGACGCGUAUAUUAACAACAGCUUUAGGAGUUGCGCGAUGGGCAUGUGCGGCUCCCUCCUAGGGUCACCGGGUGCUGCAGGAAAGAGCGACGGUAAGCGAUCAGCUUCGAACGACUGCCAUAGUGAUGAUGGCGACACACCUAUUGUGUCGAUACCAGUGGUAGAGUUCAAUGCUCGGUGUGAUAGCGUGAAGGACGAAGCCGGCGGGAAACAUACACAAGGAAAAGGUUCUGCUUUCCGGGGAUUAGCAGACGUGUCGAUGCCUGAUGCGGCACCGCCUUUUUCUCUUGAGUUGUCUCUUGCAGCGCAAAUAGACGAGAAGAAGCUGCUUCCUCUUCUUCUUGAAAUUUUAGACACAAAGUACUGCACACCACAUGAUUACAGUGUCCAUCAUCUCCUAAUUUCGAUGGGCACGUCUUCGUUUACUGACGCUCUUGAGCAUGUCAACGGCACUGCUCAGAAGUUUUCUAAUGUGUGGACAGUGCGUAGUGCCCUCCUUAGUUAUCCAGAGUUUCCCCUUGGCGAAAGAUUCGACCGCAAGGAUGAGCUUUUUCUCUUUCACUGGUGUGUUCAAAUAUCGUUACAUUUGCUAACAUUGUUUCAGGAAAGGUUUCUGGUGCCAAGUUACGCGCUGAAUAUACGCGUGGGGGAACACAUGGGGCAGCAGCAGGCCUCUUCUCGAGGAAAGAGCAUCCCAUCGAUGAGUAGAGAGAGGGCACAAUACCCGGUGCAGGGCUGUGUAGCGCCCUCUGACGACGGUGCCCUGGCAGCCCUUUGCGCAGGGGGUGGCAACUACGUUGGUGCCAUUUGUAUGCUUCAGUUUUUGGUGGUUCGCUUGCUAACGGAUGCGCUGUGCCAUAGCACAAUCUGGAACGUGGUAUAUGCAUGCAAGUCUAGUGCUGAAUGGCGUGCUGAUGAACUUGUGCGCCGCCAGCAAUUAUUCUUUUUCGCACUUUUCAUGCGGUUCUGGUCGCCUCUUUUUUACGGGGGGAUGUCUGUCCCAGUGGAGCCCAAGGCUAGCGCCGACGAGGCUCAACCAGGAAAGUGUCCGACAAGCAGUAGCAGGGCCAUCCCGGCCUCACAAACGUUGUCGCCCCAUGUGAGUUCAGCCAGUAAAGACGGUGUAAAUGCAUUGGCGAUGUUAGAAUGGUUCACCACAAGCGGCGUUCUGCGGCAGCCGAAAACGGCCUUCACAGGUUCGGGAUCCAAUAAGUCGUGCGCCGGUGGCAUGGUCCAUCCCAUGCAGACAGACCGUUAUCCCGUAAGCCCAACGGGUGAUGUACGCUUUCCUACCGCUGUGGGUGGGCUUUUCGGUAAUAGCGGCGGCGUCGGAAGAGUACAGGGGGGUAGCCUGGUUGGAACUAUGAAUGCUUUUCCUUCUAUAGUCACCACUCCGGUGACGCAUAGUAGCGCCAAGAAUUCGUUGCCUUCGCAAAACGUGCGCAGGCCAAACACCACAAAUACUACCACAGCAGCUGCCAAUCCCUCCGCCGUGAAUACAUCCAUGCGUGGGGAAUGCUAUCUCCCCAACACACUUCUUAGCAUUGUGCAGUGUUUUUUCCAGGACAAGUUGGGUGAUUCACAUGCUUUUUCAGCCCUAACCUCAGACUUUAUGCGGGAUCGAGUUGAUCGUGCGCUCAAGUCAAUCAAUCUUGCAGACUUUGUGGGUACUUCACAUUUGCAAGACGAAGAAGAUGAUGAAAAAACAGAUGAGUCUGACGUGACUGCAACAAGUUGCGUGACCUUAGCGAAUAUGCGUGAGCUGCUUUUUAGUUAUGUUCAGCCAUUAUUGUAG